AUGCCCAGCACGCAGUACCUCCAAGUCCCCAAAGUACUGCCAGGUCGCAAAUCCCGCUCGAGAUCCAGGAGUCGGCCGCGGGACGUCCCCAGCGAGGUCUUCUCCUCGACGCAGGUCAUCGUCUCGCCGAACAAACUGAGCUUCCGCGCUCAGUCACCUCCAGCCGGUUCUUUCAAACCAGAGCCAUACAAAAAGCCCCAGUCAAAUGGGCAUUCGAACUACUUCCACACAACAAAGAUGGCCACCCCACAUUCCAGCCCGUUCACGAACAAAGUCGGCCACAGGAUCACAUCCUGUCCGCUCCCCAGCAUUGAGGUCCAGGAUACGCCGAUGAAAGACGAGGAGCCCACCGGCACAAACUACGACGAUCUCAACGAAGGACUCUACACCAUGGAGCAAUGCGUAACACCGCCGCCCGAGCCUUCACUCAGAGACAAGCUCAUCGGGGCUUGGAAACUCGAAUCCUACAUCGCAUAUCCCACACCCGAAUCACCAGUCCAACGACCGACCUACCCGAUGACGAAGAACGUUACCGGAUUCAUCCUCUACACCCCAGACGGCUACAUGUCGGCACAGAUGCUGAUCCCGGGGCAGCAAAGCUUCAAGCGCGGAGAAGGCGAGGAGCCGCAGUGGGCAGAAGCUGGCAAAAGAUGUUUCGCGUAUUGCGGCCCAUACUACAUCAGCAAUGAAGGACUCGGUCGAGAAGAGAUCCUACGGCAUACGUUCCAGUGCUGCAGUUUGCCUGGCUGGAUUGGAGAUAUCCAGAUUAGGACGCAUCGGUUCGAGGAAGAUGGGCAGGUCCUCGUGCUGGGAAGCGAGGAGCCCACAGAAGUCAAGGGCGACAAGCGCAUCCCCGUCCUAAAAUGGCGACGAGCACGAGACAACAACAACAACGCCCCACCACCACCAAUGCCCCAAAUCAAAGUCAGCGGCCCCGGCGAGCCCUGA